AUGAAGCUACAAUUGGCACUCCUGGUAUUUGGCUUGACUUUGGCCUUGGGCCAGAUUGUGCCCCGAAGGAGCUGGUGUCCUGCUCCGCUUUCUCCGAGAUUGCCCAGGCUUUCGGUCCCCGUUCGACUCAUAGUCAUACACCACACGGCCACGGCUUCUUGCUCCAAUCCUCAUCAGUGCCAAUCGGUCCUUAGGCAAAUUCGAGCGGAUCAUCUGCGCAGGAAGUUCAGGGAUAUAGGCUACAACUUCUUGAUCGGAGGCGAUGGUCGGAUCUACGAAGGCUUGGGCUUCGGCAUCCGGGGCGAACAUGCUCCCAACUAUAAUAGCCAAUCUAUAGGCAUUGCUUUCAUUGGCAAUUUCCAGAAUGGUUUACCUCCGUCCCAGAUGCUGCAAGCUGCCCGAACGAUCAUCCAAAUCGCUGUGCAGCGUCGCCAGGUUCUGCCCAAUUAUGCUCUUGUGGGACAUUGCCAAACGAAGGCCACUGCCUGCCCGGGAAAACAUCUUCUGGACGAGCUUAGAAAGUGGCCCCGCUGGCAGCCAAAACCUUAA